AUGUCAUUUUUCAAGUGUCACGUGACUUAUGAAAAAGGCGUCAUUUUCUCACAACGUAAAUUUCAUCAGCAUGAGUACAGACUGAUACAGUUUUUCUUUGAUUGUUUUUUUUGAUUUUUUGGGAUUUGUACAGUGUUCCUGCUUCUCCUGGCUGAUCUUUGGUUUUUAUAUGAAUUCAUAUUUUGACUUGCUGGUUAUUAUGUGAAAUUGACAACGUUCUUGACAUGCUUUCGGCAAAUUGACAAACAAGGUAAAGAAAAUAUUUCAAUAUGGAUAUAACAAAUAAAACCGACAAUCAGACAUGGACCCUAGAAGAACUUGAAUACAAACAGUUUUUAAAAGAGGACAUUUUAGUUGUUUCGUAUCUCGUCUUACUAUCAGUGGUUGGAACGAUUGGGAAUGGACACGCUCUAAUUGUAUAUUAUUUUCGGUAUAAAGUUUCUAACCACAGAACAUUCGUCCUCUGGUUAUCAGUUGUGGAUUUACUCGCCUGCUGCCUCGGGAUACCAUUUGAAAUUUUCGACCUCCGAUAUAGUUAUACGUUCCAAGCAGUUGCGCCAUGUAAAAUAUUCCGAUUUUUAAACCAUUUUGUAAGUAUGGGAUCUGGACUUUUGCUUGGAGUUAUUGCCCUUGAACGGCACCGUAAAGUAUGUACGCCAUUUAAACAACAAAUGGACGAAAAGUGUGCAAUGAAAGCCUGUGUAAUAACAAUAGUUGUUGCUUUGGUUUUGUCAGCACCAAGUUUUGUGUUCUAUGGACCAGCUGAUAAGAAAACCGGCUCAAUACUUGUCGGUAGCGAUUGUACAGUUCUUGCCACAUUUAAGGGAAGUUCGUACUUUUGGGCAUAUAGUGGUCUCUUCUUGUUAAUAAGUACCACUAUUUUCAUAAUUUGUGUAAUCGCUUAUGUCCAUGUUGGAAGAGUUAUGUACAAGCAAAUGGUGUUCAGAAAAUCGGCUCAGAUUUUUAAACAAAAAUCAUCAAACGGACUAUCACGAUCAUCUAGUCAUGAGAAUGGAGCGUGUGUUAAUGACGACGAAUCGAGUGUGAACACGGAUAUGCGUGUCAAGAUCUCUACAAUAGACCGAAAAAUAACAAAGCAAAACAACCAAAAACCCAAAAAGUUUGUGUUAGAUCGAUCUAAACGUAUAACGCUCAUGUUUCUAGUUGCAACAGCAGUGUCUUAUUUGGGUUAUUUACCAUAUAAUUUUAUUAUUUUGAUAAAAGUGCUUAAUCCAACGGCUUACAGAGCUAUGGAUCGUGUACUUGGACAAUUUAUGGGAGUAUUACUGCGUGGGUAUUUCUUGAACAAUGCAUCAAAUCCAGUUGUGUAUUGCUUCCUUGACAAUAGAUUCAGAACGGAAUGUAAGAAAUUUUACUCUCGUUUAAGAUUAUAUUUGUGUACAAGGAGGGAAAAGGAAUUAUCAUUUUAAAUUCCUAUUUUGUGCGUUGUUUGCAAUUUUAAUUGACGGUCAAACGCUUCUUUACCAAAGACAAACAAAAUAUGGCAGGAAAUUCGAUGAUCAAGUUUAUCAGUUCAUUACAUGCAAACUGGCAAGACAAGCCUGCUCGUGUAUGAACUCGGCGAGAAAUGUAGACCUAUGACAAUCGAACAAUGUCCUUACACAUUCUAAAUCCGUUUAAACAUUUUACUUUUGAUUCCUUCAAGUAUUCAGUAGGGCCUGGAUAUACUACCAUGGAAAAAGUUACAAUUUUCAUUCAUUAUGUUAUUACCCAGACACUGCCUUUACUCAUUGAUACAUAGACAAUUCUUUUUUAAAUAAAAGCAUUAUAUAUUUUUUUUAUUAAAACAUUAAUGCUAUA